GUGAUUCUUCCAGAACAGAAAAGAUGGGAAGCAAUGAAGCGGCGUGGUAAUCAAGAAUUUUGGGGCAGGCUCGGUGCAGAAAAAGUGAAGAGCAAAUUACUUGAAUCGUGAGGCCUACACACUGUUAAAGAAGGUCGUUUUGCCAUCGUUUUCGCAGAGGGGCUGAGAUUCAUUGUAGGUCAUUUUCAAAGAUCUUGAUCCAUCAAUGGGUGCACCAAAACAGAAGUGGACGGCAGAAGAAGAAGCUGCUCUUAAAGCUGGCAUUCGACGAUAUGGAAUAGGAAAGUGGAGUACCAUACUUAAAGAUCCGGAAUUCAGCACGGUUUUGCGGGCACGUUCUAAUGUGGACCUUAAGGACAAAUAUAGAAAUUUGAAUUGCAUGGUCUUGGGAUCUCGGCAAAAGGCUAGGUUUGGCAAUAAAAGCAAUCAGCUUACCAUCAAGCAAGAUGAAAACACUGCAGUUCAUAGCGCGAUUGUUGAGAAGGAAUCUGAAGUUCUUGAAGGAACUUCCCAGGCAUCUGAUGAAAUAUCUCAGAUUGCAGAUUCCAAGAAACCCAUCUCAAGGUUGGAGGAUGUUAUUCUGGAGGCUAUAACAAAGUUGAAGGAACCUCGUGGAUCUAGUCGGCAUGCAAUUGUACAGUACAUAGAGGAACAUUAUUCGGCGCCCCAAGAUAUUGAGAAGACUGUGGCUGCAAAUUUGAAGACUUUGACAGACAAUGGACGCCUAAUUAAGGUGAAGCAUCAAUACAGGAUUGCCCCAAAGUCAGUAACUUUUAAGGUCGGGAAACAGUCACAGCCACUAGAAAAUGGAGCUGCAAAGGAUUCCCCAAAAGCAGCCAAGAACGAUAUCGUGAUACUUACCAAAGCCAUGAUCGAUGCUGAGCUGGAGAAAAUGAAGAGCAUGAGUGCUGAUGAAGCUACCGAGGCUGCCGCCAAAGCUGUUGCGGAAGCUGAAGCUGCAAUAGCGGAGGCUGAGGCAGCGGCAAAGGAGGCAGAGGAGGCUGAGGCCGAGGCUGAAGCCGCUCAGUGCUUUGCAGAUGCUGCCCAGAAGGCGUUGAAUUUCCAGACACUCCGUGUGUGGUGAUGCUGCCAGAAAAUAGCUUGUGGUGGCGUAACUUCUGGUUGCGUCCCCUAAUAUGUGGUGGAGCAUUUUCCUAAGGCUGUAGUGUUGGUGCCCGUAUUUUGCAAGCAUGCAAAUAUGAUAAUGUAAAUAAGUUGCAGAAUUGUAGGUUUAGGGAUUCUGUCUAAGUGGAAAUUCUUACCAUCUGGAUGUUUUACCAGUUCAAAGGAAGCUAAUCUUUCAGUCACUCUUUUUGUAAGAUGAUUCUUAUAGUAAUUUUUGUAGCACUGCUAAGAGUUCAUUUGAUUUUCUCUUAGUCUCCGUUUGUUUCGAGGGAUUUGAAAUCCUUUGAUUUUAAAAUUUUUGAAAUAUAAUUUUUUUUACUUGCACACUCCUUGAAUGGAUUGGUUGAAAAUAUUAUAAAUCAGUUGUCUAGUUCGCACUGAUGGUGUUGACUCACGGUGGUGAUUAACUUAAAUGAUCGCGGAUGGCGUGGUCGUCAAACAGUAAAUUUCAAAUGACUAGGUUUGAGGAGUCAUUCAAAAUCCUUCAAAAUAAUGACUAAAAAACAUCGAGCAUGAAUUUGAAAUCCUCCAACUUUCAUUAUCAUUCCAACAUGCAUCAAGAUUUCAACUUGUAAAUUUGAAAUUCAUGGAUUUCAAAUUU